AUGUCUGAACUUUUUGCUAAUAUUGGAUUAAAAAAAAACGAGGAUGGAAGUCUUAUCAAUGGUGGAGAAGCUUUGAAGGGUAAAGUUGUUGCUCUUUAUUUCAGUGCCUCAUGGUGUCCACCAUGUAAAACUUUCACCCCAAUUCUUGCUGAUUUUUAUUCUGAAGCAUCUGAAAUGGGUUUAGAAAUUGUUUUUGUUUCUUUUGACAGAAGUGAAAGUGAUCUUAAUGGGUAUAUCAAAUCCCAUCAUGGAAAUUGGCUUCAUAUUCCAUUUGGAAGUGAACAUAUUCAAAAAUUAGCUAAACAAUAUGGUGUUAGUGGAAUUCCAGCUCUUAUUGUUAUUAAACCUAACGGAGAUGUUAUUACUAAAGAGGGUAGAACUGAGGUAUCUGGAGGUGCCCCUAGAGUUGUAAUGUCAAACUGGAAGAAAAGUAUUGGCAAUUAA